CUCUCGCAGCCCUUCGGCCGUGCUGAAACUCGGCCCCGCGCGCCUUCCGCAGCUAUGGAGAUUCCCGGGGGCCUUUACAAGAAAGUCAAGCUGAGCAAUAACGCGCAGAGCUGGGGAAUGCAGAGAGCCACGAACGUCACCUAUCAAGCCCACCACGUCAGCAGGAACAAGAGAGGCCAGGUGGUGGGGACCCGAGGUGGCUUUCGCGGCUGCACCGUUUGGCUCACCGGCUUGUCGGGAGCCGGGAAGACCACGGUGAGCAUGGCUCUGGAGGAGUACUUGGUGUGCCACGGUAUUCCGUGCUAUACUUUGGAUGGUGACAACAUUCGUCAGGGACUCAAUAAAAAUCUUGGAUUUAGCCCUGAAGACAGAGAAGAGAAUGUCCGCCGUAUCGCAGAAGUUGCCAAACUGUUUGCAGACGCCGGCCUGGUGUGCAUCACAAGCUUCAUUUCGCCUUAUACUCAGGAUCGUAACAAUGCAAGGCAGAUUCAUGAGGGUGCAAGUUUGCCAUUUUUUGAAGUGUUUGUUGAUGCGCCUCUGCAUGUCUGUGAGCAGAGAGACGUCAAAGGGCUCUACAAAAAAGCACGGGCUGGAGAAAUAAAAGGUUUCACUGGGAUUGAUUCUGAGUAUGAAAAACCGGAGGCUCCUGAACUGGUGCUGAAAACCGACUCCUGCGACGUCAAUGAUUGUGUCCAGCAAGUUGUGGAACUUCUGCAGGAACGGGACAUUGUACCUGUGGAUGCCUCUUACGAAGUAAAAGAGCUGUAUGUGCCGGAAAAUAAACUUCAUUUGGCGAAAACAGACGCAGAAACAUUGCCAGCACUGAAAAUUAAUAAAGUGGACAUGCAGUGGGUGCAGGUUUUGGCAGAAGGUUGGGCGACGCCUCUGAACGGCUUUAUGAGAGAGAGGGAGUACUUGCAGUGCCUUCAUUUUGAUUGUCUUCUGGACGAAUCCAUGAUGGUUAUGGAGCAAGGAGAUUGGUUGAUUGGCGGAGAUCUUCAAGUCCUAGACCGGAUAUAUUGGAAUGAUGGUCUUGACCAGUAUCGUCUUACUCCCACUGAGCUAAAGCAGAAGUUUAAAGAUAUGAAUGCUGAUGCCGUGUUUGCAUUUCAGUUACGCAACCCGGUGCACAACGGACACGCUCUGUUAAUGCAGGACACCCACAAGCAACUUCUGGAGAGGGGCUACCGGCGCCCUGUCCUCCUCCUGCACCCUCUUGGUGGCUGGACAAAGGAUGAUGAUGUCCCUUUGAUGUGGCGGAUGAAGCAGCAUGCUGCAGUGCUGGAGGAAGGUGUCCUGAACCCUGAAACAACAGUGGUGGCCAUCUUUCCGUCUCCCAUGAUGUAUGCUGGGCCCACUGAGGUCCAGUGGCAUUGCAGAGCGCGGAUGGUUGCAGGGGCCAAUUUUUACAUCGUUGGACGAGACCCUGCUGGCAUGCCUCAUCCAGAAACAGGGAAGGAUCUCUAUGAACCAACACACGGUGCCAAAGUGCUGACCAUGGCCCCUGGGCUGAUCACCUUGGAAAUAGUACCCUUCCGAGUGGCGGCUUACAACAAGAAGAAGAAGCGGAUGGACUACUAUGAUUCAGAGCACCACGAAGACUUUGAGUUUAUUUCAGGAACUCGAAUGCGCAAA